UGACGGAUAAGCACACAACGUUAUAACAUUCAACGGUGGAUUUGUCAAUGCAAUGGCAAUGGGCGAUGAGAUCUGUUGCCUGCAUCUUAUUGAUCUCUGCAUUGCCGAUGUGCUUUGUGAUAAGGUUCAUAGCAGCACCCCUUACCUGUGGCAGAGCUGGAGUCAUAAUCAAUGGAUCCCUCUGACAAACAAUGAGGAAGUAGAGCGGGACUACUGCAACCCAGCGAAAACAAAACAUGUCAGAAUGCCACCCCUGUACUUUGACACAAUGACCUGUGGAUCAGAUAAAGUUCAACGCCUAUCUGUAAAUGCCUCUGCACCUGACUCUCUCACAUCUUUGAUCACAAAGUGGGUGUGGUUCUGGGAAGAGUCGGAGGAUAAAUGGAGAGAGUUCAGACCAAUGGCUCAUAAAAAGUCUCCAUCCAUCACAAGUGAAGAGCUGGAGAGGCGAUAUCUCAAUGGUGAAAACCUAGUAACAUUCACUGCUGGAAGUCGUCAAUAUGAACUGAGAUUUUCGGACAUGCUUCAAACAAAUAUCCAUACUAGCACACAGAGACUUGUAAGAAGACGACCAGUGUUCAUCUCAAAAGGAGACAUCCAGAAAGCCUGUGAAAUAUACCGCAGCAAAGCACCACCAAUUACCCCAAUGUUUCUGCCGGAUUAUUGGGACCCUCGUCUGUUGCAUAGAGAUGGAUAUGAGAGAAUCAUACUGGAUACAACAUCUUCAGAAUACGCUGAAAUCUUCAAUAUCUUCGACAGAACCAUGUCAGGCUGUGACAUUCUGAGUAUUGAAAGAAUCCAGAAUCUGCCUUUGUGGAAAUUUUUCAAUUUGCAAGCAGAUCAGAUAAGCAAAAAGAAUUCUGGAAACACCAAUGAACAAAUCCUCUUCCAUGGAAUCAACUCCAAUGAAAUUGACGAUGUCUGUAAGCAUAGCUUGGACUGGCGCAUCUGUGGAACCCAUGGGUCCACCUAUGGUAAAGGGAGUUACUUCGCCAGAGAUGCACUUCUUGUACUUGUACUCUGCACAAUGACAAGUUAA